AUGACCGCCCGCGAAGAAAUAGUCCUCCCUCCCAUCGAUCCCUCCAUCUCAGAUGAGAACGAUUGGUGGGAGUUCGGCUUGUCCGAGGUCAAGGUCUUGCGAACAGGGAAGAUGCUCUAUGCCAAUUUACUUGAAGCCACUGAGAACAAUCCUGUGCAAGUUAUUGGUCAAUUAGAUCUGAAACCAAAUCAAGAACAUUUAGUCCUCGACCGUGAUACCCUCUCCAAACGAAUCGUCAUCGACGAUGUCACCCACUAUGCUUACGGUCAGACGGAAGAUCGUAGCGUCGAGCUCUGGGUUGCUGGCAAGGCGGGCUGGUACCGAAUCUCCCCCGCAAAAGGCUACCUGCCCACCUUCAAUCGCAUGGUCCAGGCUGUGGACAUGUAUUACUUCCUGAUGGACAGGCACCAACAUGGAAAGAAGCAGUUGAAUCCCUCAUUCAAGAACCUGUGUGAACAAUACGUCUACCACACACAUGGCGAUUGCGAAACCAGGGAGCAUUCAGCUGAAGUUUUUACGAAGCAUGGGCCUUUCUUGCUACGUUGCAUGAUCGAGGACGACGAGGAUAAGGGCUGGAACAAGACCAAUGUUUUCAUCCAUCUUCGCCGACAAUUUAAUGAUGAAUAUAAAGAGAUCAUGCAACGGAUAUCACCCCAAUCCGAUAACGGCGAGGAGCAGGACGAGCCCGAGGCCGCCACUCCUCGGCACUACCCAGCCGCAAUCGUCAACUCACAAACUAAUUCUAUCUACCAAUUGAUUCUGGAUCUCAAGGAGGAAGGUCAUCUGGCGAAACGCCGAUUGAAUCUGGACCUGUUGUCGGAGCGAUUGUCCGAACGAUACUCAUUCAGCAAAGAGAAUGCUCACAAAAUUAUCGCCGCCAGAGCAGGCGCCGUGCUUGAGAAGUUGGGUGAAGAUGAGACAUCUGAGGUUAGAUGGUCUCGCUAUGUUAUCCACCGAGAACUUACUCAUGCCGCCUCGGAAUCCGAACCCCUACCUCCUGGCCUUCUUACACCCCUACAACCCCUCGAAGAUUCCAGCGACGAUGAAGGCCUCACUCGAACACAAAAGUCCGUGCUCCGUCCUAGGAGUGCCGCCGUUUCCGCCAAAGUUAUGGGCAAACGGAAUCGAAAUGUGAUUACAAACCAGCAGACUACGAGGUCUGACAACGAAGAUAACGACGAUGAUGACCUAGAUGCCAUGUCCGACGUGGAAACACCUAGCAAGACCCGUGGCCAUGAGCUGAUUCGAACUCCACUGGCAUCGGCGAAGCCCCGAACCAGAUCCUUCCUAGCCAAGUCUGGCGCUGCAGCAUCUCUCCUGAAAACCAUGCUUCAGGAUGCUGCCCAAACCCCCACUACCACUACCCUUGCGUCCACUAUGAGCAUACAAAGAUCAGAUCUUGGAGGCAUCCCACCACUUCCUGACCUGAAUGGCUAUUCUGAGCAUGAAGAGCCUAUCCCUCAACCCGAGCCUGAGACAUGGUCAUGCCGCAUGCCAGGAUGUCCCAAGGUGAUCACCACCAAAGGAACGGAACGCCAGAAGGAGAUUGAAGAUCACGCUGGUGAGCAUGACUGGGAAACCCAGAUGCGAGUCGAGCUAGUUGAAACUGAGCAACGCAUGCAUACCGCUCUACCCGUCAGCAAUCUCAUGAAGUACCUAAUCAGUCAGCAUUACCAACAAAUGCGUGAAGCAUUCCCGGAAGUUUACUCUGAGUCCCAGGUCUAA